GGCACACCGUCUUCUUUCCUUCUCCUCCUCCCGCAACAAUGGCAAGCACAACGGAAACCGAGCAAGUGCAAAUCAGCAAAUAUGACAAUACCCAAGUAAAGAACGCUGUUGACGAUGAGCUAUGCAGAUAUUUUACAGCAGAAAAAAACUACAAGCAGAGCCAUCAGCACACGGAUGUCAAGCUCCUGCUCGGUUAUGCUUCGUGCUUUAUUGCUGGCGGAGCUGUGCUGUACGAGUACAAGACAUCUUUUGAGUCGGCCAAACAAGUCACGCUCGCUUGUGUGAUCGCAUUCUGGCUUCUUCAAGGGUUGUCACUGGUUUACGACUACUUGUACGUGAAGAGCGAAGUAUUUGUCGGACGUAAUGCGACCAGCACACUCAAGAUAUCCGGCACAAUGGAACGCUAUUCCCCAAAUUAUGAACUUGUCUUUGAAUAUACCGACAAAUCAAACAAGUCAGCGCAUCACCGUGUGACAAAGAACGUCGCUUCGUGGUUCAAAGAAGACGGAACACUUGUGAAGGAAAGGCUCGAUAAUGAUCUGAAUGACGCUUUGCAAGCAGUAACUCAGCAGUUACAUAAGGAAUAAAUUUGCAAGCAAAGUCAUCGAUUCUACGGGAUAGUACUUUAUUGUGGGUCUUUUUAGUAAUGUUUUGUCCAAUGGAGUACAUCCAAGGCUGUCUGCUUCAAGGGUAGAGGGAACAAGAAAUUCAGCGUAUACGCCCUUUAAUAAGUGGUAUCUGGACAAUUCAAAGACUGUGGAACUUCCAUCAUUGACCCACAUAUCUUUCUGCGAUGCCUUUGAUUGACUGGGAUGACCAUGAUUGGAUAUUACGUAUGAUGCUCAUGAUUGGAUGGAGAUAGGCGCUUCAAAGAAAAUAAAUUCGAAGGGUAUGUUUUGCUGAGUUUAUUUGUGCUUUUGCAUUGACACCCU